AUGAUUAACUCUAUUGUGUUUAGUAAAUUAUUCUACUGUUCUGCGUAUUUCCUGAUCAUAUUACACCGGCCUUGAAUGCUCUUAGCUGGCUAGCUAUAGAGGAGCAACUUCGAUUGCUUGACGUGACAAUGAUGUAUAAAUGUGUUAACAAUUUAGUGCCAGCAUAUAUCAGCUGUAAAAUAGAGAAGCGCUCAACAUCGCACGUUUACAAUCUCCGCAACAGUGAAGAUCUAAAUUUGCCAAAAUGCCGGACAACGGCUGCCCAGCGUGGUUUCUUUUAUAAGGUAGCAAAAGCGUGGAAUAGUCUCAGUAACAACACUAGAACUGCUCGAUCACUAAGAUCAAAGGCUAAAUUAGCGAAGAAAUAG